AUGCCCGAGGGAUGGCGCAAGUGGCUCACUCUGAUUGGUAUUUGGCUCUAUGACGGACGUUUGGACGCACCGGGCAAAAGCGUAAAGCAGUAUUAUGAGGCGCUCGAUCGGCCAGGCCUUAUCAAGGACCUCGUCAAUAGCCUCGAGGCACGAAUGGGUAGCCAGACGCAGCUGAGGUCCAUUUUCGAGGACCAUGCAGCAUCCGACAAAGACGGCGAACCCUACUGGGAAGAAGAGAACUUUAUCAAGUAA